GCGGGAUCUCGCCGCGGCUUAGCGUUCAACCGCAGCUCUGCCCACCGUCAGGGGGCGAAGUCUGUGGGUGUGUGUGACUUCCGGGUGGGCCCGCGGCCCGGUAGGGGAGUGCGGUUUCGUCCCGUCAGGUGCGGCUCGGCCCGCCUCGGUCCUGCCCGAGCGACGGCAUGGAGAAGCUGCGGCGGGUGCUGACCGGGCAGGACGACGAGGAGCAGGGACUGACGGCGCAGGUCCUCGAUGCCUCAACACUCAGCUAUGGUACUCGACUCAGAUGGUUUGCCAUAUGUUUUGUUGCUGGCAUUGUGUGUUCUAUUCUUGGAACAGCAUUGCUAUGGCUCCCAAAGGGGAUCAAACUUUUUGCAGUGUUUUACACCCUGGGAAAUAUUGCCGCGUUAGCCAGUACCUGUUUCCUGAUGGGGCCACUGAAGCAAUUGAAAGCAAUGUUUGAGCCAAAAAGAUUAAUAGCCACAGUUGUGAUGUUGCUUUUCCUAGUAUUGACUCUGUGUGCUGUAUUCUGGUGGAACAAAAAGGGUUUGGCGGUGUUAUUCUGCAUAUUGCAGUUCUUGGCAAUGACCUGGUAUAGUCUGUCAUAUAUUCCUUUUGCAAGGGAUGCUGUGAUUAAAUGCUUCUCAUCCUGUCUAGGGUAAAUUAAACACAGGAACCACUGUAUGCUUUAAAAGCCAACUUUUAUUCCUCUGUGAAGUUUGCUUGGAAGACUAUACUUUUCCACUCAUGAAAUACCCAGUAACAACUUAGUAUUUUCCUUGCCUUUUGCAUUUGGGGGAUUAAAUAAUUUUUACUAGAAGCAGUUUUAAAAAUAAAUUGGGCGAACUGUUUGUGUUCACCCUGGAACUUUUAGGCUUUUUUUUUUUAAACAAAAAAGUGCAUUUAAGUACUUUGUGCAGAGUAGUCUUAAAACUACCUUGCAUCCAGCAACAGUUUAUUCCCCAGUGGAGGCAAGCCACUAAGAUCUGGGUAGUAUGCAUAAAGAUUUCAUUUACAGUUCUUUCUAAAAUUUGCAAUGUGCCAUUUAUGUUUGUGUAUUAUUCACUGUAUGCUUUUCCAAAGAAAGAGUUUUAUAAACGUUGUAAAGAUUUGAUAAGUUAUAAUUAACUUCUCCUUUGAAAUGUCUAUACUUGUGCCUUAUGGAAAAAGCUUAAUAAGAAUAUGUGAAAGGUCUGUUGAAAGCUUGUUGGGUUUUAUUAAAAAGAUGUAUUUUAAAUGAUAAUUUUUUUACUUUCAUACUUAAAUACUUUUUACUAAAAGAACUUAUGGCUAAUGUAUAAAUCAGAUUGUGAAAUAAAUUAGUUUUAAAAGUGCCUAAACUAUUUUUUAUUUAGGAAUCUGCUAGAGGGUUGAAAAUUUCAGCAUUACACUUGAAUAAAUAGAAAAUAUAUUCAAAAAUGGGA